AUGAUGCUUCCCCUAGCGAAAUUGCAAAUCAUCGAUCUCGCUCUGUUGCAAGACGGCGACAACGGCGAAAUCAGACGUCUUCUCGAGGCCAGCAGGGAAAAUGGCAUUUUCUAUCUUAACCUUCAAUGUAUCGAAGGAAAAAUGUCGACAAUCAUUGAUACAUUGUACGAGCUCACCAGGGGUUUGUAUGACAUGCCUUACGAGGAGAAAAUGAUGUACGAUGUCGACAAACUGGGCGAAAUGAAAUGCAACGGUUACAAACCGGUGGGGAGGAAUUUCGGAGGGCUCUCUGCCCAGCGAGAUGGGUUCGAGACCUACGCAAUUCCUAAAAGCGGAAUUCUUGGUUUGGAGGGCCACCAAGACUUCAGCCGCCCAUUCAUCAUCGACAAAUAUAUGGGCACACUCAAAGACUUUACACAGACCGUCCACUCCAUCGCUGAUACAGUCAAUGACAGCCUGUCGUCUGCGCUCCAGAUACCACAAUCAGCUAACCUGAAGCUCUUUCAUCGCCUGAACGCUCCAUCGUCAGACAUUCUUCGACUUCUCAAGUAUCAGGCCCAGCCAAUUGAACAACGCGGUGCACCGCACGCCGCCCACACAGACCUAGGAACUCUCACAUUCCUCUUUACUGAGCAACCUGGACUUCAAAUUUGCACUACUAGCACUAAUGACUGGGAAUGGGUAUUACCCAUGAAGAAUCACGCUAUUGUCAACCUUGGGGAUUCAAUGUCUCUUCUUACCAAUGGAUAUCUGCGUUCCUGCAUACACAAAGUUGGCCCGUUGCCUAAUACGGCUAUGCCGACGCGAUAUUCGUUUGCCUAUAUGGUCCGCCCAGAGGACCAGACCCCGAUGACCGGGCAAGAGACAUCGUUGAUUCCGCCUAGGGUUUCGAAUGAACCAAUACUCACCGGCGCUCAGUGGCUAAGGAAGAAGUUCAAGGUUCUCCGUUCGGAAUUAAGGCCCACGGAUCAGGACUGGGUGAUGACAGGACAACAGUUGUAG